AUGACUUUUACACGGGCAGACCGUGAUCGUUUUGAGGAUCUCCGGCGGAAGAAAAGAGUACAUUUCAAAGGCAGCGUGGGAGCAGCCGAAUGGCCCCCAACUCAUCGACAUAACUUCGCAGCUAUCCGAAGUCUAGGAGAUUUAAAGUACGAUGAAUACUCCGUCGGGGCUCACCCCGAUUUGGUGAACGAACCAUGGAAAAAUCGAGUAAAGGAGCUCGCAGCCGAACUUACGGAGAGAGCGAGUCGAUGUUGCCGCCGAAAUGAAGCAAGUUGGCGUUUCGCUUGUGAACCGGUGAUAUUUGCUAGGAUGAAUGCUGAUGUUACGUGCCCACAGUGCAGAGGAAGAUUGUGGAGGUCAGAAAUAGAAGUUUCAUGGGAAGGCAACAGCCGAAGAGCAGCUGCAUUGAGGAAACGGCAGGAAAGUCGUAGGCCAUGCCGUUGUCCUCGUUCUACGCGGCAAAAUGACCCCCAUGAAGCAAUCGGUCUCAACCGCAUAUUCACUCAUCGGGAGCAGGAACUUAUUCUCCAUUCUCGGGACCUAGCGGAAGAGCUCUCGAAAGAACAAUACCCGGAUCGAAUAUAUGGCCUUCGACAGACGAGGAACUUCGAGGAAACCCUGUAUAGCCAUGCCAAAUGUGAAUCAGCACAAGACGAUAAACUCGUUCGGGAUCUGGUCGACGUGUCUCCACUCUCGCUGGAUGGCGAUCCAUUGCUCUUUCCUUUCCUUAUCCUUGAAGCCAAAUCCGGAAAGUCAGAAGAUGAUUGGCAUUCAAUAAAACUGCAAACGACAUUUCCUAUUCGAACGUGUUUAGACGUUCAACAUACCGUACAGCGAGCGUCCGGGAACGACUGCCGAUGGCGAAGUGGACCCUUGGUCUGGUUCUUCAUGAACAAAGGUGAAGACUGGCGGCUUUGUGCAGCAUAUAUUCAAACACGCCCUUGUCCCAAAGGCCAAAAACCCAGAAAUGACUACUAUAUUAUAGAUUUGUGGAACGGGUCUAUCAUCUCAAAAGAUGGGGCUCUUCAGCUUCUUCUGAUUGUCGACUACAUUUUUGACUGGGCCAGAGAUUCAUUUCGGCAAGAGAUCCUCACAGAACUCCGGACCCUGUCUAGAGGGGUGGAAGAAUCCACAAGCACAUUUCCGGAUACAGACUUGAUGUCUACCAAAGAAAUUGCGAUCCCCAGGGCUCCUGAUCACUCUGUUGGAGGUGACCAAGAGAGAGAUUUAGACCUUCGUUCUGCAUCCCAUCCAUGCGACUCCAAGUGGGGCAUGGUGCGACAUGCUGCUUUUGUCGAAGACAGGUUCUGUAUGCUUUUCAUCACUCGAGAUAACGUGCAGACCCUUUUACAGUCUACAAGUCCGAAUGUUGUCAAGCUCCUUGCUCGAUUGAUCCUAGCACAAAUCUUGGCACCGGUUUUCAUUCUGGACAUUGAGACCUUAGAUGCCCUUGAAGAGCAAUGGACGGGUACUGCCAGACUUUCACGACCAUUUGGUUUCACCCACAUCAAGUUCUUCACGGCCUUCACAUUUGGGACGUAUAUGGGCCUGUCUUGGGUGCAAUUAAGAGAGCUUUGCGUCAUCGCCGUUGCGGAAGAUGCCUUUGAAUCUGUUGUUGCUGGUUCAAAGUUACGACCCGGCAGAGGAAACGCUCGAAGGCCGACACCGUCUCCCGUGGAGAAAGUUGAUGUAACGCUCAUAGUUUCUCGUUUCCAAGCCACGACGCCCCAACAGACCCUGCUUGCCGCUAUCAAGCGAAUUCUACUGCGUUGUUUACCACCCCUUUUCCGAACAGAUGACCUGCAGCUGACCCUGGACGACGGGACACUUCGAAACAUUGUUGGUUAUGUUUAUAAAUACUUCAAAAAGGGUGUGCUGGAGCCCUCUGAAUCUUUUCUUCGUGUCAGUAGUCGCCAUGUGCAGAUUCAGACCGAGUCGGGAGAUGAAAACUUGCAUCAUCACUUCAAAGAUCUAGACAAUGAUUUGAACGAAGAUUUGCUGGUCUCCAAGAGUGGGGCAGUCCUCAUCUGUGGGUAUGGUCCAAAUGCUGGCAUACAAAGGUCGAAACAGUCCGAUAACUGUAUCUACUUCGUGGGAAACCCUGUGGAAGCCCUGGACCAAUCAGGCGUGGCGGCGGCAAUCAAAGACACUUUCGAAAAUUUCGAUGUAUAUCAUACGACCCGGAACAACGGAACUGACAACAUCAGAUCCCCGUCCAAAGGUUCCAGAGCACCCUGGAACCUUGAAAGGGUCUACGGCAUUGACACGAGACCCAUUGGAUUCGUCAGGUGGCUGAAGUGUCUGGGCUCGGAUGUGAUGAGCAGGCAGGGUUCCCCCAGAGAUCCCAAUGGCUCUGGCAACUAUCUCCUGACUAGAAACAUUAGGCCGUGGCACGAUCCCCGCCUCAUUUGGAUUCGCCAGGACUAUGAGAUUUUCCUCCUAUACAAGUUGAUGACCACAGAACUUCUGUACUGGAGAGGAGUGGCUCAAGAGCGAAUGGAACAGGGAAUUGUCUGCUGUCAGGCGUGCGCUGCGCAGGACUCCUUGAUACAGACCUCGGAACCCUUCAUGUGUAGUCGUUGCUGGCAAGAGAUCCAAGCUCCAAGAUUUCCCAGAUGGGUUUCAGAUACCUUGGCGGGAGGUAGACCAGGAAAAUGGACUCGAGUUGAAGAGCAGAAUUACAGCAGUCCGGACCUUAUUUCAACCAAGCACCACUGGUGGAAUGAUUCACUAAAUACCUACACUGGUGGUGACCUUCCUCCUCAAGAGCAGUGGUACAAAGACGUCAGUGAGUAUCCGGAUUUGGACAAAGAAUUCGUGGACUUGGGCGAUCUGCAUAAACAGGCUCUGGGGUAUGCCAAAUAUAAAGGAAAGAGAUACGGGGUGCCAUCUGCGGGGUCUCGUAAGCGGUCCAGAUCCCCUUCUACAAGCGACACUGAGUGA